AGGAUACCCCACUCAAGCUGGUGGCUACCCCCCACAAGCCGGUGGCUAUCCCCCUCAGCCGGGCGCCUACCCACCCCAGGCAGGAGGUUACCCACCCCAGGCAGGAGGUUACCCACCCCAGGCAGGAGGUUACCCACCCCAGGCAGGCGGCUAUCCCCCUCAAGCAGGUGGUUACCCCCCACAGGCUGGUGGUUACCUCCCUCAGCCUGGAGCUGGAGGGUACCCAGCCAUGCCCCCAGCAGGUAAGGCCUCAGGACAACAGAUCAUUAUAUGUCUAAUAUAUGCACAUACAGCAUGUUUUAUAGGUGUUAUACAUGAUAUGUAAUAUAAUCUUAAGGCAGACAGACAGACAGAGACACGUAUACAGAGACAGAUAGAUGGAGGGACUGAAACAUUAAGAGAUGGUCAGGUAAAGAGGAUAGGCUACUGAUGGACAGACUCAGAGACUGUGUCCUCUUGUCUCAGGCCCAGAGAUCAUCAUGAGGUUUAGAUUUAAUGUUGUGCUGCAAGCGUUGUGUUCUCUAAACAACCUCCGCUGUGCUGAGAGACAACACUCACAGACUAACUAGUGACUGACACAGGCCUCCCAUUAUGUGUGCCCUGAGUAUCACUCUGCUGACUAGAAUUGGCAAGUGUAAACAGUUCAUUGCUAGUCCUGGUGUCUCAUUCCAAAGCCAAUUUAAUACUGACCAAUUUCCUUACCUCUCUGCCCUAGCAGAAUCACCAGAUAUUUGUUAAAACUUCUCUAGUAUGAAGUUUAAGCACUUUCUAUGUUCUAUUGAAAACUGAACAAUUAUCCUCUGGUUUCUGGUAACAGCUGAUUGAAGGAUUUAUUGAUUUAUUAAUAAAUUGUUUGAUUGGUUGACUCCAAUCAUAUACAACCACAACAUCAAAGCAAAACAGUACAUACUGUUGUAAAACAGUAGUAAUAGUACAUAGCAAUUUGUCAGUGAUUUGCCAUAAACAGUUUAGUGACAUGCCCAUUUAUGUCAUCUGUUGCAGGUAGUUGGGCAGGUGGUGCUGGUUUCCCCACCAUAGAUAAUCUGUCCAUCCCUGGAUUCAACGCAGGCAAUCUCCCAGCCAUGGUAAAUCUGGCAUGAAAAUACACAUGGAGAAUAUUCACAACAUAUGCCUUGAAUUCAUCCCUAUCAGAUGCUUGCAUUACAUAUUUCAGUUAACAUGAAUUGCACGGCCAAUAUUGGAAAUCCCAACCCAAUUAUUGACCGGUAAGAGUUUUUACCCAGGUCAUCAUCUUUUUCUCAUAUCUAUCUAUGUUGCAGCUUUCUUGUUAACCUUCCUUACAAGUCUCUGUUGCAUGACGAAAAGAAUGUAGCUCAUGUUUAUUAGCUCAGAUAGUGCUUCAAAAACAUAGUCAUUUGCUUCAACCUUCUCUUUCACUGUCGUAAUCCUUCAAAACUCCAUGUUUUGUAUCAUUUCUUUGUUGCAUUGUCUUUUAUUGUCUCUAUAAUCAAAAAACAAAAGCAGAUGAUUAAUCGACAUCUAUAAAACAUAAUUGAUCAUCUACAAAACAGCUUUGCUUGCAUAUUAAUUGAAACCAAUCAGCUUCCUGCCUGUGCACAUUUUAUUGGAUGCCCAUUUCUCCUGCUCCAAUCACAUGCCAACCAGAUCUCAGCAGCCAUGUUCACCCCUGGUGGAUACCGCCACCCUGCCCCCCAGCCCCCUAACCAACAGCCUUGUGGCCUGUACCCCCAGCCAGGAGGGCAGAUGCCCCAGCCUCAAGGCCCAGGCAUGGGCUACCCACAGGCACCCUCACCCAACCCCUCCAUGCCUGGUUACGGAGGAGGACCAGCGCCUAACCAGCCCAUGCCAGGGUACCCUCAAGCCCCAUCACCCAACCCGUCCAUGCCAGGAUAUGGAGGUGGAGCCAUGCCCGUCUCUCCUGCCAUUAAUGUAAGAGACACUGGGAAGAUUUAACCCUAUUGUGACAAUAGUCCUUCAAAAUACAAUUUAGGACAGGUAGACAUCUGGUUAAGUGUCCAUACUUUAUCCAUGGGUUUAAACUUGAAAACCUGAGUGUUCUGCACUAAUAUUGAUCGUGCUUCUAUAGUUUUCUUACUCUUCUUGAGAUGUCAAUGAUUAGAGAUUUUGCCAGGAGUUUUACUGGCAAAUAUCACUGACAGGGUAAAGCAAUCUGGUAACAUUUCGGAAAAAUUCCCUUUUCUUUCAGAGAGGAUUCCGGGGAACCAUCAAGGAUUAUCCAGGAGCAGACCCACUGAGAGAUGUGGAGGUUCUGAGGAAAGCCAUGAAGGGCUUUGGUGAGUUGGUUACAUAGGCCCAGUCCAGAAACAGCCCCUAGCCCCUUAUACUGGUGUCUAGUGAGUGACUUAGACCCUGUCCAGAAACAACCCCUAGCCCCUUAUACUGGUGUCUAGUGAGUGACUUAGACCCUGUCCAGAAACAACCCCUAGCCCCUUAUACUGGAGUCUAGUGAGUGACUUAGACCCUGUCCAGAAACAACCCCUAGCCCCUUAUACUGGAGUCUAGUGAGUGACUUAGACCCUGUCCAGAAACAACCCCUAGCCCCUUAUACUGGUGUCUAGUGAGUGACUUAGACCCUGUCCAGAAACAACCCCUAGCCCCUUAUACUGUAGUCUAGUGAGUGACUUAGACCCUGUCCAGAAACAACCCCUAGCCCCUUAUACUGUAGUCUGGUGAGUGACUUAGACCCUGUCCAGAAACAACCCCUAGCCCCUUAUACUGGAGUCUAGUGAGUGACUUAGACCCUGUCCAGAAACAGCCCCUAGACUUUUAUACAUGGGUCCAGUGAUUGAAUUAGUGUAGUGGGCAGCAAUAUUUGACAGUGUAUAUGAUAUUAUAAGUACCUCACAUGUGACUUGUAAUAAGACUAAGCAAUUAGCCUACUAAAAUGGUUAUCUGACUCAUAAAGAUAAUUAGCAAUAUGCAAAAGACUACAGUUGAACCAUGUGCAAUCGAGUAUUAUGUGUUUACCUGACUAAGAUCAAGGAAUGGUCAUGAGAAGCGAAUAUCAAAGCAAGUAUUAUUUCAUAACUUUGUAAAAUGAAUGGGUUGACAUACAAGGCAUAAAGCUUAAGUUACAAGGCAAUACUGACAUUAACAAAGCAUUAUUCUAGGCAUAUAGAUUCUAAGGUUAACUUACAACGCCAAGCAUGGACAAAGAGAUGCUUACUAGCCAGAGGCCUAGAAGCCUAUGAAAUUAGAAUUGAUCAUACAACCUUCCUCCAUGGACUGGAUACAGGAUAAGAGACUGAACAAAGGCAUUUAAUUCCAUUUAUAACAGGUGUAAACUUUCAACCCAAAUCCAACCACCUUUGACCAAUCAAAUGAUACCAAGUUUACAGUGUAACCUGACCACCAAGGCCCGAUCUCCACAGGGUGUCACAGCAUUGAAAUGCUUCUGUGGGGGAUGAGACCAGUGUAAAUAUGACAGAAUUCCUGAGAGGACCAUAAAACCUUUUUGCAUAUAGUAAUUCAGAAUUCACCCUAUACAGAUACACGUAACCACAGAGAUCAUACAUGCAUAUAGUUAGCAUCAGAGUUAUCCUCAGUGAUCAAGUUUCAGAUAAAUACCAGACAUGGAUACUAUAGUAUUAUUCUAUCACAUUCAAUAGUCAGUCUUCUGAAUACUGUAACAGAGAGAAACAUUUUGGCCCUUCAGAGGUGGAAGGGCUGACUAGUCCUUUGGCAUUGUCUUCUGUCUUCCAACUCCAGGUGUCAGAGAGCACAUAAAUUAGGGCCUAGCCUACAUUAGGCCCUAUCUAAUCUUGGAACCAGAAACAAAUAUUACAUGUGUAAUGGCCAGAUGUCACGAGAGAAUAGGUCCUGUCCAGAAACAACCCAUUGCCAGUCCCUUAUGCAAUACACACUUGUGUAGAUCUGAAAGGAUUGGAUAGGUAUAAUCAACACUAGCAAUUACGUUGUCUUCUAUCAUUGAUCCUUCGAUCUUUGAAUGACUUAAUUAUGUAUGAAGACCUGGUAAUGUUAUUUGCUGAGCUAUGCUAGUAAAAAUAAAUUAUAAACCCACCAAGGGAAAUGGGCUAUUUUGAAUGUGUGUUCUGACAGUCAACUUGUCCUACAGGUACUGAUGAACAGGCCAUCAUAGACCUGCUAGGGAGUCGCUCCAACAUACAGCGUGUUCCCCUGCUCAUGGCCUUCAAAACCUCCUACGGAAAGGUAAUACAGUCAUAAUGACAUUAUACUACAUUGGUACAAUAUUCUGAACAUUUUCUUAUAGCUUAUUUCUUAUCAUAGAAAGACAAUAGUGACCAUGACUAUAAAUGUUUCAAAUCAUUUAAUUUCUUAUUAUGGGAAAGUAUUUGGAAGGAGUAGGCUCGACUCUUGGUUACUUAAAAAAAACGUGGUACUUUAUUUAUCUAAGUUGAGUUAUUAUGGAACAAUUAAAAUAAUGAGUGUUACAGCAUCAUAAAAUGGUCUGAAUAUGUGCCCUGAAGUGAGGGUCAGACUGCAUUCUCUAGUGUGUGCCAGUAAUCUCUAAACAGCAGCUGUUGGUUCUGCUAGUAAACGACGUAGCUGGGGGAUUUGAUUCCCUCAGACCCCAUUAUAGCAGUACCCGGAACACAUAUGGCACAGCAGUUGAACACAGAUAGCAUUAGUGCUUGAAGUGGACUGAAGUAGGUACCACCACUCAUUUUGGGUGCCGGUACUCUUUGUGUACAUUUGCCGCUACUCAUCAUAUUUCAGAGCCAAUAUUCUAAAAGAGGUGCCAGUACUCAAGCAGUACAGAAAAUGACGGUGUCGAUAUUCAAGUCAUAGAACAGUGAAGGUGUUUCUUCUCUGUACUGCUGAGCUCCGGCCCACCUCAAGAACUGCUUGGAUAGCAUUGAAUCAUACCAAGCUUGUAUCCCCCUACCUUCCUAGGAUCUGGUUAAGGAUCUGAAGUCAGAGCUGUCAGGGAACUUUGAGAAGCUGGUUCUGGCCAUGUUGAAGACCCCAGCCCAGCUUGAUGCAUACGAACUCAAAGAGGCCAUUAAGGUUUGUGAAAGGGUUUUCAUAAUCACUGACAUGGAUAUUCCCUCUUAGCGUGUGUGUGUUUGCGUUCGUGCAUGCAUGCAACAAGUGGAAUGUUUUAGUUUUGUGGUUGACACAACUAGCUAAACUAGUUUAAGGAACAGAGAAAAACAAACCAAAUCAUAUUUGGUAAAUAAUAUUAAUGUUGUAAACCUACCAACUGUUCUCGACUGUAUGUUCUGACAGGGUGCAGGGACAGAUGAGGCUUGUCUGGUAGAGAUCCUGUCCUCUCGCUCCAACGCAGAGAUCAGAGAGAUCAACAUGGUCUUCAAGACAGGUAAGUUCCUCAGGCAGACAGGCAGACAGGCAGACAGGCACUACAUGGAGAAUAGGAGUAGUGUACUGCACUGUACUGUGUAAGAAAGCUGUGUGUGUUAUUUCAGAGAAUAAGAAGUCACUGGAAGAUGCCAUCAGUGGGGACACCUCAGGACACUUCCGUAGACUCCUCAUCUCUUUGGCCCAGGUACAGCCUAUGGCCCAUAGAUAUAGAAUAAUGUAUACAUUAUAAAUACAUACUGUAUAUACAUAGGAAUACAUACAGUACAUAUAGAUGUAUGAUUAAUUAUGUGCAGGGCCAGCUCUAGCCUUUUGGGGGCCCAAAGCGAGAUUUAGUUGCCCCCCCCCCCCUGAAAUUCUACUCAUUUUGCCAUGGGGCAGAGAUACUUUGUGCAGUUUUAUAACAAAUGUUAUACAAUUCUACUAAUUUUGUCAUGGGGCAGAGAGACAUUUUUGAAGUUUUAAAGCUAAUUCCCUGCAAUUCUACACAUUUUGCCAUGACUUAGGCCAUGUUGAUGAUAUCUGAGUGAGAGUGACUAACAAAAUCAAUGGGGGCCCCCUGGAGGCCAGGGCCCUGCGCGCCCGGUCGGUAUUCGGCCAUGAUUACUACAAGGUUUACAUAACUGGCUAGACUAAUUUACUAAUCUAAGAAUUGUUAGCUGACAUGGUUCAUUGAGUGACUGUCAGUGACUGACAAAACAAUAGAAAAACUGCUGAUGCACAACCAAAUUUCUAACUUGCACGUUGUGUAUUCUACUAUUCUAACCCUCAACAGUAAGUUGAGACCCCGAGUUCCAGUCGGGAUCCCUAAGCGAUCGCUUAUGUCACUUAUGCCUGGAGCCAGCCCUGUUUAUGUGUUGUGUUUGUGCUCUCAGGGUAAUCGAGAUGAAAGAGAGACUGUGGACAUUUCUGUAGCCAAACAAGAUGCCCAGGUAAAUGACCAUUUAUCUAUAAUGAACCUUGUGACGUCUAAUCCACAUACUGUAUUGUGUCUUCAACAUACUUAGGGACAGGUGUUUUUCAUGACCAUUUGAGCAGGAAAAAAUCUGGACACGACACAGCAUACUUUAAAUCUCUACCAUCUCAUUGAAAGACGCCUGUGUGUAUUGUGUGCCCUCUGUCCAGGCCCUGUAUGCUGCUGGGGAGAACAAGGUGGGAACAGAUGAGUCCAAGUUCAAUGCCAUCCUGUGUGCCAGGAGCAAACCCCACCUCAGAGCAGGUAACUACAGGGGAGAGGAAUGGUACUGUGACAACAGAAGUAAAAUAUCAAUUAAAUGUACACUCAGUGGCCAGUUUAUUAGGUACCCGUUCAUGAAAAUGGUUUGUUCCUACAGACAUUGAGUAACGUGGCCGUGGCUUGCUAUAUAAAGCAGGCAGACAGGCAUCAAAGCAUUCAGUUACUGUUUGAUUGAACGUUAGAAUGGGCAAAACAAGUGACCUAAGCGACUGAGCGUAGUAUGUUCGUCGGUGCAAGGCGCACCAGUUCCAGUACCUCAGAAACGGCCGGCCUCCUGGGCUUUUCACGCACGACAGUGUCUAGGGUUUACAGAGAAUGGUGGGACAAACAAAAACAUCCAGUCAGCGGUAGUUCUGUGGGCGAAAACAGCUUGUUGAUGAGAGAGGUUGAAGGAGAAUGGCAAGAAUUGUGCAAGCUAACAGACGGGCCACAAACAGCCAAAUAACGGCACAGUACAACAGUGGUGUGCAGAACGGCAUCUCAGAACGCACUCGUCAAUCCUUGUCACGGAUGGGCUAUUGCAGCGACCACACCGGGUUCCUAUCAACUAAAAACAAGAAGAAGCGGCUCCAGUGGGCACGCGAUCAUCAACACUGGACAAUUGAGGAAUGAAAAAAUAUUGCCUGGUCUGACAAAUCCUGGUUCCUGUUGCAUCAUGCUGAUGGCAGAGUCAGGAUUUGGCGUAAGCAGCAUGAGUCCAUGGACCCAUCUUGCCUGGUGUCAACGGUACAGGCUGGUGGUGUAAUGGUGUGGGGAAUUUUUUCCUGGCACACGUUAGGUCCCUUGAAACCAAUUGAGCAACGUUUGAACGCCACACCUUGUAGAAUCCAUUCCCCCUUCAGAAUUCAGGCUGUUCUGGAGGCAAAGGGGGGGGUCUGACCCGGUACUAGAUGGCCACUGUGUAUAUGAAAUAUCAGUCCUCUGGUGCGCUCCGCUCAUCUUGAUUUGUAGCUUUUGCCGCUACCUUAUCCGUGUAUGUGUGUGCGUGUGUGCGUGUGCGUGCAUACAUGUAGUGUUCCAUGAGUACCAGCAGAUGUGUGGCAGAGACCUAGAGAAGAGCAUCGACAGAGAAAUGUCUGGAGACCUGGAGAGUGGAAUGGUGGCUGUGGGUAAGAGGACACCUUUCGGUUAACACACACACAUGCACUCUCACACCCAUGCAGGUCUAUCCAGAGUCACACCUACACGUCUCUAUGCAGACACAUACUAACACUCUGUCACACCCAUAACAACACACACACACAGAGAGCGAGAAAUCCAGAUGUAUGUAUAAGGGAUUACCCCAAAAAAACUUGUACAAUGGUUCCACCCAAUUACUGAAUGGGGUUUCACCGUUUUGACGUAACAGUAGUGGGGAAUUUCUUUCUAAGCCAAAUGUGUUGAAUGUCUUAACACCCAUAGCUUACUCAUUCUUAUUGUUAAAAGGUGUUAUAGAAGAUGCUAUAACAAUAUGUGAGUUGUCACACUCUGUUGCUGUCUGAAUGAGUAAUUGUUGUUGUGUUUUCCUUCACUUGGCUAUCAUUGCUCAGGUUAAUGGUACAGUAACUUGCUUUUAGAUUCAUUUGACUGAAUGACAUCAUUGUUGUUAUCUGACUAUGUAUCAAGAGAUACUCACUCUCCAUACACACUUCAUAGUGAUGAUGUGUUGUUUGCUUGUUCCAUUAUGCAUGAUGUUUGUCCGUACAGAAGUCAUGUUGAUGUGAUGUUUGAAAAUGAAUUUCACCCCUCUGACUGUAUUUAUCAAACUACAUUCAUAUAUUUUCAUAUAUGCUGAGUAUACAAAACAUUAUGAACUCUUUCCAUGAUAUAGACUGACCAGGUGAAAGCUGUGAUUGAUGUCACCUGUUAAAUCCACCUCAAUCAAUGUUGAUGAAGGGGAGGAUACAGGUUAAAGAAGGAUUUUUAAGCCUUGAGACAAUUGAGACAUGGAUUGUGUAUGUGUGCCAUUCAGAGGGUGAAUACCCAAGACAAAAUAUUUUAGUGCCUUUGAACGGGGUAUGGUAGUAGGUGCCAGGCACACAGGUUUGUGUCAAGAACUGCAACACUGCUGGGUUUUUCACACUCAACAGUUUCUGGUGUGUAUCAAGAAUGAUCCACCACCCAAAGGACAUCCAACCAACUUGACACAACUGUUGGAAGCAUUGGAGUCAACAUGUGGAACGCUUUCGACACCUUGUAGAGUCCAUGCCCCGAAGAAAUUGAGGCUGUUCUGAGGGCAAAAGGGUUUUGUACACUCAGAGUAUUUUCAAGGUCCGGUUUCAGAUAUGACUUUAUGUACAAUAUUUUCAGUUUAUCCCUUCAUGUCAUUUUAAACUGUUAGUUUUGUUUGUUUUUGAGAGUUUCCUUCAACACACGAUAUCAGUCACCUUGUCUCAAGUCUGUUUGUGCUCUUGCCAACUCCAUUACUUAAAUUUCCAAGCUAAACAUUUGGCAUGACAAUGACUGACUAGAAGUUGGCAUUGUAGCACAAACAGACUGGGCCAUGUUAUCAGUCCCUCCCUCUGAAGUAGGCGGGUGCUAGUCUAAGGUUCAGUAGGGUGAUUAGUACAUGCUGGGCAUUCUAACCUUCUGCUCUCUCCAUGUUCCAGUCAAGUGUAUUAAGAACACACCCGCCUACUUCGCUGAGAGACUUUACAAGGCCAUGAAGGUAAGACGCCCCGUUUAUGUCUGUCUGUCUGGACUGAUUACAAAAUACUGUACAUACAGAACAGAACAACAAAACUGUCCACGACUGAUAAGUGCACACUGAUAAGUGUUAUUACAGUAAUUGCUUCUGAUAACUGUACUCUUCAAAUCAGUGCUAAGGUCCAGCCUGACCUGUGUGUGUGUGUGUGUGUGUGUGUGUGUGUGUGUGUGUUUUUUCUCAGGGGGCCGGGACCAAGGACAAAACCCUGAUUCGGAUCAUGGUGACCCGUUCUGAGGUGGACAUGCUGGAUAUCCGUCAGGAAUACGUCAAGACAUACGGCAAGUCGCUCUACACAGACAUCUCUGUAAGUAUCUCUCCUCAUCACUACACACAUACACACACACCUACACACACCAAUACAUCAAUAAUGCUACUGCUAUAGAGAAGGUUGGGCAUUCUAGUAUGAUGUUCUGGACUAGUUUGUUGAUGUGUUUGUGUUGUUGUUGUUGUCUAUGACAGGGAGACACCUCAGGGGACUAUAAGAAACUGCUGUUAAAGCUGUGUGGAGGGAGCGACUAGAGGACCCAUGUCAGCUCUCUUUACAGGAUCUCCCCCACGCCAUCUAUCUAUCUAUUAAGCUAAUCUAUGCAUGCACCACAAUCAGCAAUAAUGCAUGCCAGGCUAUCCAUUUUCUUCAAAGCAACUUUUAUCACAUGUUAUGAUAUGAGAACCUAUCAUAAAAGCUGCUCCUUUUCUAUAUUUUUUAUGAGCAAGAAAGUAUAUAUUUUUCCAUAAGUGUAACAUCUGUGCUGGAUAUUAUAACUUAGUCUGGCUAAAAGUGCCCUUAAAUGUGCAACUUUGAUUAGAUUAGAAUUGGAAUUUAAAUCAAUAUGUAUUUUAUAAAACGUUUUUAUUUAACAAACCUGUGCCAAUAUUAUACAUAUCUAAUUGUACAAGUUAACUCAGUAGUAAUUGGUUUAGUUGAGCAAUGUUAAAUAAAUUACUCUGAAGUCUCUGAAGUCAGAAUACUUAGCAGCUAAAAUACCAAAGUGGUCCUUUUUAUAUUUGUGUUUAUAUGGUGUGUGUGUGU